AUGCAUGACCGUUCCGAACAAGAACCCCAUCACCCCGAGGCUGCCUGUCACUUCUCCCAAGGGUCUGCUGGUCCCAGCAGAUCUGCCGCUCUCACGGCUCCCUGGCCUCCACAUCCUGGUUUCCCAGGAGAGAGAGGGCAAGCUGGUCAGGAGUGGCCUCCUCCCAGCUCCACAGCUAAGAACGUUCUCGACUCUACCCUCCCUGCUCUCCACCCCCUGCCCACCUCCCCACACUCUUCUCUAAGUCCCAGGAACACACACACAUGCACACACACACCACAGCCCCUUUUCCACACUGCCCACCUUUCCUCACAAGCCCCUCUCUGGCUCCCAGGGCUAGAAGGAACCCCCGGAUCAUCUGGCUCACCUCUCCUCACUCAGAAUUGCCGCUUGGAUGCCUUCCACAAGAUCCCUGCCAAGACUUCUCCAUCUUCUUCUUGCACACCUCCAAGGACAGGGAGCUCACUACCUCCCAAGCCAGGCUUCUCUUUGGACCGCUCUGACAUCAGCAUCAGCUCAGUACACGCAAGAGGUUUCUGCUUUCCUGUGGUUCUGUCCAUGUCAUGCCACGUGCUCUCUCUCUGUCCCCAAGUGUGA